UGUUCGUGCAAGUUCCUGUCUACAGUUUCCUCCCGUCUGGUACACAAACUGCUGCUUGACUGACAGAAUAAAACUCAGAAUUCAGCAUACCAAGGCAGCUCAGAAAGACCAGUUUAUCAGAUCAAAGGCUCAAGGCCGUUGAGUCGGGCCUGAGAGCGGCACAGAUCUUCUAUCAUGGUUGGCAACGUCGUCACAAAGCCUCUGGGGUUCGUUUUGAUCGUCACAGCUCACAUGGUGUUCAACGGCCCCAGCCAUGAAACAGUCACUGGGAUCCUCGGCAACAACAUCACCCUUCAAUUUACAUUUCAAGUCAACUUCACUAACAGGAGCCGAGUUGCAGCUUACAUAGAAGUAGAGAAAAAGAUUUCUGACAAUUUAAUGUGCAAAGCUUGCUUUGACAUUUACCCUGUAAAUUCUUCUGUAUUUUACCACAUCAAAAAUCUUAAUCUGAACCACAGUGAAAUUUACUAUGCCACUGUGUUUAUGGACAAAGAACCAGCGAAACAAAGCAAUAGGGUGCAGCUGAUUGUCCAAGAACAGAACAUGAGUACAGUCCCUCCGAUGUCGACUAUGGUUGCAGUAUAUCCAGACAGUGGAAGUUCCAGUUUCUAUUCCUUUCACAUCAUGACUGUCCUUGUGGUUUCACCCGUAGUGCUGCUAGCUGCACUGCUUCCAGUCUUGGUCUACUGUUUGAUGAAAACCAAAGACAAACAACAGCAUCAACCACAGCAUAGCUCAAAUCCAACAAUGCAGGAAACAUUUGAGGUCUCCAGCAACAUGCCUGCAUCCUCGCUGGUCUACAGUGUCCUGGACUUCCCCAAAAGACUUCCAGCAGUUGUUGAGAUGGAUCCCAGUGAUACAGAGUACGCUGCUGUCAGUUAUCUCCCAGAAACAAGACGAAUAUGACUGCAUGUAAACAUGCUGAUCUUUCUUGACAUGAGUAAAGAUUUGACUGACUGUAUGUAAACAUAUAUUUCUUCUGAGUGUGAUCAGUUCUGUUUUUGUAAGGCAGUUAUAAGACCACCCAGAUUUUAAGCUCCCUGCAAGAUAUCACAAACCAAAGACUUCGGUGGGAAAGAAUCAUUGGUCUGCUGCUACGGUGGUCGUGAAGCUGAAAUGUAUAAAGCAGCUGUGACAAACCACAAGACAGAGCAGAGACUGUUACAGUAACAAACCAACUUCCUAAUUAGUUUGCUCUUUAUUUGUUUCAGGGACAUCUAGCCACUGAACCAUUAAAGGAUUACCAGUGAGAUUUCAUAUUUUGUUAUCAUAAGCUAAUAAUUGUACUGUUUCAUGGCAUUUAGUAAAGUAGAAACACAUACUUUACUGCACUGAGUGUUUUGGGUCAGUCUGAGUAAAUGCCACAAAAUAACUGCCAUUAAUAAUAGCUCCUGUCCAUUUACUAAAAACUCUAGUUUCCAUGAGAUUUAGAAAAUUACUGAACCAUUUCAGUGUUUGUGUUUUCAUUAGGAAACUAAAGAAGCUGGUGUUUUGUGCCACAGACAGGGAAUAUAGCAAAGUCAUUAAAUGUUGAGAGAUGGAUUAAGAGAUUAAAGUUAAAGCAGGAUGUUACCAGCCAUGUAUAUAAAAGCUGAACUGCUCAUAGCUAUUUUUGAAAUCUCAACAGGCUGCCUUCUGGUUUCAGGUUGAGUUGCAGCAUCUUUUCUAGCUGUGUUUCCUUUUACUCAAUGCUUUUAUCACAAUCGUGACUCACUAACUGUCUACUAUUGUUCUCUCAGGUGAAAUAGACUAAACUAAGAAUCAUUAGUGGUUGGAAACAGUUUUGGGGAUGAGUUCUACGUGUAGUUGCAGAUCAUUUAUCUGUCAGCGUACUGUAUAUUCAGAAGUCACAGGUGUGGUUUUCCAUUUACUGCUGUGACAUUUUGCCACUAUCACACCAGUUUUAAACACACAAUAACUACCUGACACUAUCUGGCUGCCAUUUUCCACCCUAUGGCCUCCAAAGUUCUCUUUGCAGGUGCGUAUUGGUGUUUUUGAAAGGUCUGUGAGACUGUAAGCAUUGACUUAGUUCUCAUGGCAAUGUACUGUUAUGUGUUAAGAAUGUAUUGCGUAGUAAAACUCAGCCCAACUGUUAGUGGAAAACAAGCAGGGUGAUUUUAUUUCAUCCCCAAUGUUGCUUUUUUUUUUUACUCAGGAGGAACUACUGUAAACAAGAAAAUUCUGAUUGUGGCUUUUCAAACUGGUGGCUGCAGUCAUGGCAUCCAGUCAAACAGACUGAAGUUUCUUCUUUCCUCUGAAAAGCUUGUUAGCAAAAUAGCAAAAGUGAAUUUUGAAAUUUAGCGAGCUACCAUAUCUUGUUCUGUUGGGUGUUAUUUCCUUAGAUACUACUAAACUGUUACUUCAUGAAAAAUAUGCAAUAUUUUAGCAGUGAAUGUCAAAAUGAUAAACUUUAUUUUUUCAUGUAAAUUAAGGCCUUUGUUUCUGAAUGUAGAAUCUGAGUCUCAUGUCAAUAAAAAACAACAACUUUGUUUUGA